CCUCCUGAUUGGGUAGACGGCAUGUCCCAACAGGCGACUCUCUGCAAUAACCUGAAAGUGGGAUAGAAAGUGAGUCACAUCUCUCCUAGUGCUCGGACGCGCACUGGAGAAGAGGACCGAGGAGCUGUCUCUCUCUCUCUUUCUCACACACACACACAGCUUCUGUGCCCUUUUUUUUCUCAUUCAAAACGUCGCCAAUUCAAUAUUGAAGAAAGGCGAACAGGGGUAAUCCUUUUUGAUUCAAGUGACUGAUUCUUAAAAAAAAUGAACGUUGCGGAAGGAGAUCUGUUUCAUAGCGCUGCAAACAUCUCUGUCAAAGGGAGGGACGAGUUAAAUUCCAUUGUCAAUGACACAUAUAUUGAUCUGCCCCAGCGCUACAGCCAAUCUACAUUUAGCUACAGUGGCACUAGCCGAGGUGCUGAAAACCGGGAGAGCUGGUCUGGACAAAGCUGUACUCCAUACUCUAUCAGUCAGGAUCCAAAAACAACAGAAAGCAGCGAAGACCAGACAGGAGACGAAGAAGAUAGCGACGGCCGGUCUGCCGGGAGCACAAGGAAUCCAAGCAGUGACAACGAGGGCAAACUAAAAAGUUCAAUUGGCAAGAAAGACAAAGAGCCUCGCUCGCUGAGACUAAGCAUCAAUGCCAGGGAGAGGAGAAGGAUGCACGACUUAAACGAUGCACUGGAUGGUCUUAGAUCUGUGAUUCCUUAUGCCCAUAGCCCAUCAGUCAGAAAACUGUCCAAAAUCGCCACUUUGCUUCUGGCGAAAAACUACAUCUUAAUGCAGGCUCAGGCUUUGGACGAAAUGAGGCGGCUUGUAGCUUAUUUGAACCAGGGCCAGGCGCUGACAGGACCCAUUCCCUCUGCAGCUGCAUUGACCAACACAUUGAGCUCCUUCGGACAGUCUGCUGUUUACCCAUUUACAGGCACUUCGAUUGCUGCUUGUCCGGAUAAGUGUGCUGUCUAUACAGGAACACCCUCCAGUCUUUGCAAACAUUGUAAUGAUAAGCCUUAAUCAACAUGUCAAUCCAUUCAUCCAUCUGUCCAUCCAUUCUGUUGUGAAUUUAGAAAUUUUAUUUUGCUCUUUUUUGUCUCUGUACAAACAAGCUAGUUUGUUGUUUAUUUACUUUUGUCUCCAAGUAGUAAUCGUUUCGACGCCACUUGCCAAUUUUCGCUAACCUACUAUUAUGGCCCUAACUACUUCGUCGAAGAGACCAAUUGAUAUACAUAGAUAGAUGGAUAAAUGGCCCAUAAAAGUCUUAAGUUCUGGAGUUUUUUUUCAGUUACUACUUUUUUCUAACGUAUGAAGGCAGUCGUUUGGGGCGUUCAACGAUUGUUAACUAUGCAACAUCUCUGUACCAAGAUCUGAAGGUUCAAGGCUCUGGUUCCCCAUUAAACCUGACCUCACAUUAUUACUAACAAAUCUAUUCGAGAAUACAGGCAUUUAUACUUGUGUUCCAAGUAAAUUCAGAAAGCUCUUUUAUCGAAUUAACAUGUUAUGCACAUUUGAUAUCGAUGGAAUCCAUUCACGGUCCCAUUAAGUGAUGAUUGUGCGAAGUCAGGUUUUUAGAGAGAAUGUACUUUAAAUUUAAUUAAUUGCCCCUGAUCCAAGCACUAAACAGCAGAUGUGUAGGUGAGACAGUGUUUGAGUUGCCGUUCUUCAUUAAUGCAUUGAAAAGUUUAACAAAAUAGAUUUCCAAAGUCACGUGAACUUGUUCUACCUAAUUAUCAAUUGCUACUUUCGUGUAUACGUAUUUAACCGAAUAAAGUUAAUAGCGAACAUUAAUGUUGUGGGUUACGUUACUUACCGGCCUGACCUGCUUAAGAUGAAUUAUCUCCUUCAAUCAGUCAUAAUUCCAGUGACGUAUUGUAUCGAUUUUGUCCACUCUAUCCUAUUUUAUUAAACACAGUCAAUUCAAUAUUAGGUAUCAAUGUGUUCCUGUAUAAAAUACAAACCGCUGAGUAGGUUUGCUCGAAAAAUGUAAAUCAAAGUUACAAAUAAUGAUUGACCUGAAUUGUAAUAUGUAGUGCUUAUUAAAUCAUUGGAAAUUUUAAGUAUGCAGUUUACACGCAUUGCUUAAAUUGAUGUGUUUAUAUUAAAUAUUUCACGAAAUAGUUACGCAUAAUUGAGCAGAAUGUUUUGAGAAUGUGUUGCAUAAUUCACCAUAAUUAUAAAAGUAAUUACUGAUAAUUUGUUGCAUAAACUUGCAUGCAAAUUGAAAUGAUUUUCCUGCACUCGUGUUUUACAAGUAUUUGCCUUUCAUGCUGUAAUUUGACUUUUUUUUAAAGUAGUCAGACUAAGAGUUUCGGCAACGGAUUGGAGGUAUUUAUAAUUGAAUAACAUUAACGAUGCUGCCUUCUUCAAAUGGGAAAAUGUAGUGAGGCAAAUCUAUUCGAAUAAGAACUAUAUCAUUAUAUAAAACAUAGUUAACGUCCAUCAUAUGGUCUUUAUUAAGAUGUUUCUAUUUAUUUAUAAACUUCAGCCCAAAUGAAAAAAAAACUAUCGCGUUGAUGCUUCGGCCUUGACUUCUGUAUUUUGAUAGUACUUGUUACGAAUAUGAAUUCUGUAUUUCACUGUAUAUAUUUCAAAUUUGGCUAAAACUAAGACAAAUUGCAGUCACUUUGUGCGAAAUGUUUAUGUGAUGGUUACGACAAUAGAAAACUAACAUGUUAAUUUUAUCAUGAAGACUUACGAUUUGUCAGAAGUAAAGACCGUCCUAAAGUA